CUUUUUUCAUUUAUUUGCAUUACUAGUAUGAAUAUACAACCCUAUUCUACGAAUGAUUUAUGCAUUUACCGUGUAUCAGUAUCAUUAUCUAUUUAUUUCGAAUAGUUAUAAUCUUAAUAGACUAGAUGUAAAUUCAUUUUCCCAAAUUUACCCAGAAAUUUAUUUUCUGUAUAAAUAUAAAAUCAUGCUUCGUUCAAUUCCACAAUGGAGCUACGUUCUUCAAAGGCAAAAUAAAGCAAAUAAUAUACAACGAUAUUUAUCAAGUAAAAUAGAUAAAAGUAACAACGAAGAUUGGGAACAAGCCAAAGUUGAACGACAUAAAAUUGCUAAUCAAGCCAUUCCUCAACCAGCCACAAAUGCCAUACCGAGUAGCAUGUUAGCAUCUUUUAACAACAUGUUUGAUCGUGGGCCUAAUGUUGGUAUUGAAAUUAUCACAAAAAAGGGGUUUGUAUUAUCGAAUAAUGUAAAAGUUGAACAGCCUUUAAUCUUGUUGAAUGGAUCAGCGAUUUUAUGGAAUGCGCCACCUCGAACACAAUCAGGACAUAUUCCAAUGAAAGAUUGGAAUUUAGAAGCAUUUAAAAUAUUUGAGCUCAUAUCACCUAGACCAGAAUUAAUAAUGUUUGGUACAGGAAAAGAUUUUUCACCUUUACCAGAACACAUAAGACAAUAUUUUUUUAAACUAGGAAUUCAAGUAGAUCAAAUGAACUCAAAACUUGCAGCUGCUACAUAUAAUGUAUUAGCAGAAGAAGGAAGAAGGAUUGCAGCAGCUUUAUUACCAUUAAAUUAAAAAUCAAGUAAUUAUUCCACUGUCCAUUUGUGGAUUAUUAUUAUUUUGUCGAAUUCCUUUUCCUUUCUUUAAAACAGCUUCCAUUAAUGCUUGUAUAAAACGUUGUUCAUCAAUUAAUCGAACAUCUUGCUUUAAAUAACUUGGUUGAGUUAUAGUUGUCAUAAAUUCUCUUAAACUCCAAGCAGAUAUUAAAAAUAGUUUUCUUGAACUGAUUUUGUUUUCUUUUAAUUGUUUAUAAACCGUCUUUCUUACUUCUUUUACAAGUUCUCCUACUGCCUUUGCCCAUAAUGUAUUUUCAUCUAAAUUAUUUUGUUGUUGCUGAUAUCUUGUAAGUUUUGAAUGUAUGGACUAAGAAGAUUUAUAUAUUAAAUUAUGUACAGUCCAUUUAUCUAUACAGAUAUAUAUAUAUGUAUAUGUAUAUGCAAAUAUAAAGAAAUGUAUAUUUUACUUGGUCACAACGAUUUCUGACAA